AUGUUUUACUUCCACUGUCCCCCUCAGCUGGAUGGAGAAUGUUGUCGGACUAAUACAUUGAACACCAACGGGUUUCCCAACCAUUCGUCAGCAGGUGAUUUUGAUGACGGCUUUCUGCGGAGAAAACAGCGUAGAAAUAGAACAACAUUUACGCUGCAACAGUUGGAGGCUUUGGAGGCUGUGUUCACGCAGACUCACUACCCCGAUGUUUUCACACGUGAGGAACUGGCCAUGAAGAUCAACCUGACUGAGGCGCGUGUCCAGGUGUGGUUCCAGAAUCGUAGGGCCAAGUGGAGGAAGACGCAGAGAGGGAGUACAGACCCCGACGGAGGUAAGGAGCAGAUAAACGAGGGAGGCACUCCUCCGUCCAGGAGUCUGAACUCCCAGUCUCCUGUGGACCAGAGCAGGAAACAGAAGGAACCUCUGCAUCUCCAGAGUAUAAACCGAGCCGUAGGUCCUGGUGGGCCGUUCUUCCCAUCCUGUCUACCAGGGACCCUCCUCAACUCAGCCACCUAUGCUCAGGCUCUGUCGCAUGUUGCCACAAUGAAGGGCGGUGGUCUGUGCUCUUGCUGUGUUCCUGACCCCAUGGGCCUGUCCUUCUUGCCCCCCUACGGUUGUCAGGGCAACCGUACAGCCAGCGUGGCAGCCCUGCGGAUGAAGGCCCGUGAGCACUCCGAGGCCGUCCUGCAGUCAGCCAACCUGCUGGGGAAUGGCCAUGGGCAUGGCGCUGGAGUAGGAGGCCUGCCCAGGGUCGGGGUAUCCGGGGAUGGGUUGAAAAGGCCCAGGAUGGAACCUGCCCUGGGAGUCAUAUCUGGAUCAGUGUCGGGUGUUUCUGGAGCCGUGGGGAGAGGAGCAGGGGGCGGACUUACUCUCAGCCCAGGCUCCAAGGCCCCGACUCAGGGUAGCGGGUCUGACAUGAACCCCGUCUGCCCCAAGGAACCACUGGAGAAAAAGUGA